GCAGAAGCACCUAAGUGCCUCUGAGCCUCACACACACACACACACAAAAAACCCGACCAUGCCCUCCAAGAACCGGCAGAAGAGCGGCGACAAGAGCGCACCCAUCGUGGAGGAUGCGCCCAAAAAGAGCCCGAAAAGCAGCAGCAGUAACGGGGUGAGUGGCCCCUCGCCUCAGGGGCCACGUUCGGGCAGCUGCCUCGGGAUCCUCGCAAACACGCUGUUUUAUGUGGCGUUUAUAGGCGCCGCCGGGUUCGCCGCCUUCUAUUCGCAGCAAGUCGUGGAGGAAAUGCGCCAAAGCAACGCCAAGAACGCGCAGAGCGCGCAGAGAAACGCGGAGCUGGGCAGCAAAGUGGAGAGCAUCGUGGAGCAGGUGGCGUCCCUGAAGAGCGUCGUGGACGGCCUGGAGUCGUCCCUGGGCAUCACGCGGGUGGAGCUGGAGGGCGCCGUCAGCCGCAUGAAGAGGGGCGAGGCGGACACGAGGAAGGUGGAGGAAGCCCUCCAGAAGCUGCAGAACAACCUGCUGAAGGACCUUUCGGACGGCAUCACCGAGGUGAAGGAGUCCAGAGAGAAGGACUUCUCCUCCCUGGAGAGGAUCGUGGAGGAGCGCCUGGCGGACGUGAGCCAGUCCAUCACCGCCAGCAUGGCGGAGUUCACCGAAGCGCAGGGCGAAGCGCGGAGCCAGCUGGAUGACCUGAAGGCCCGGCUGGGAGACAUGGAGGACCCGGCGCUCAUCAAGCAGGAGCUGGCGGCCAUCGCGGAGACCGUCGCCGACAUCAAGACGGCCGGGGACGCCGGCGACUCCCUGGCGGCGGCGCUCACGGCUCAGAUCAGCGCGGUGAGGGACGAGCUCCAGACCCGCAACGGCGAGGUGGCCUCGCUGUCCGAGGAGGUGGAGUCGGUGCGUUCGGUGCUGCAGACGACCACCGGGGCGCUGAGGAACUCGCUGUCGGCGGCCGAGACCGAGAUCCAGACCCUGAGGGCCAAAACCGAGACGCUGGAGAGCGGCGUGGAGGAGGCGGCGGUCGCCGCGCGCGCCGCCGAGAGGCAGGUGGAGGAGGUCGGCUCUCAGGCUCAGAGGAGGUCGGAGGAGCUGGAGGCCAGGCUGAAGUCCUCGGAGGAGAGCGCAGACUCGCUGUCCGCAGACCUCUCCUCCAGGGCGCAGUCGCUCCUCGCCAAAUUCAACGCGCACGAGAGCAUCCUGGCCACGCAGGGCGAGCUGGUGGAGAAGCUCCAGGCCGACCUGGAGAGGCAGGUCGAGGCGGCCCGGGGCCAGGACGCGUCCGAGGUGGAGGACCUGAAGAGGAGGCUCGCCGCCCUGGAGGAGAACGGCGGCGGCGGCGGCGGGGCGAGGGCGGAGCAGCUGGAGAGCCUCCGCAGCGCCGUGGCCGGACUGCAGGGCCGGGCGGAGAAGCUGGAGAGCCACGAUCGGGCCAUCGCCUCCCUGCAGGACGCCCUGCAGAAGACCACGCAGACACUGGCCUCCUUAUCCAAGAAGAAGAAGUAGAAUCCGUUUUUUUUGUUUUUAAUUUUCCAAGCAGUGCCUCAUCAGGUUACCCAAACGGGUCACGUUAAACUCCACUCUGUUUACUUUGAUGAAGAUUUGUUCCUCAGACUUGUCAUAACGUUGCACACUUGAGUUAAAAAAGAAGUGAGCAGGCGGAGGCGGCCUGCUGAUCUGUGAACCCACACACUCUCUGCACUGUAUUUUCCUUUUUAUUUUGAAGCAUUUUUCUUUAACAGGGCUGUUUUUUGUUUUUUUUUUUAAAUCUUUUUGGGGACCUCAAAAUGCAAUAAUGAGCUCUUUUCGAGCACUUUGUUUACUCACUGCGUGGCGUUGAUGUGUUUUUUGUACAAGAAUAAAAGAAAGGAAAUUCU